AUGUCACAUUUCCAACUGGAAGUGACCUCACAAAACAUAAGGGAUGAGAAAAAGCCAGCCCCAAUGAAUGUUAUCUCUGGUUUGCCUGUCAUUGUGGGUUCAGAUUCUGAACAUGAUGGCAGUGACCAGCUUUUGUCUGAUAUGGACAGUUCGGCUGUCAAUAAGUUGGACAAUGAGCUCACAAGUUCCUUGAUGGAAUUGGAUCUGACUAAUGUUGAAGUCAAGGACUCAGACCCCAAAGGUAAAAUGAAGGUUAGAUCACUGAAAAGUACCAAUCACAUGAAAAGUGUCCUUUCUCCCAACCAGUCACUAUCAGAUAUGAAACUUGGCAAGCCCAAAUUCUCAAUUCCCCUUGUCAAUCCAGCCUGCUCAAUCCAGUAG